AUGGCUCUCAUCCCGGGACAUUCCACCGAGAGUGGAGUCCCAUGGAGCUGUAGAGCAGACUCCACCAAAGCUCCGAAAGAGAAUUACAAGGCAAUCAGAGAUACAUUGGCCAAAAUAGCCUCUGACUAUGAUGAAAAGCCCCAAACCAAAUACCAGGCUGCUGUGCUGGUGUCAAAACUUGAUAAGCUGGAGACGGGCUUCUUCAAGCGCACUGUCCAGAACAACAAGCGCUAUACGUGCAUAGAGAACCAGAGCUGCCAGAUUGACAAGACCCAGAGGAAACGUUGCCCCUACUGCCGCUUCCAGAAGUGCCUGACUGUGGGCAUGAAGCUAGAAGCUGUGCGGGCAGAUCGCAUGCGAGGAGGCCGCAACAAGUUUGGCCCCAUGUACAAGCGCGAUCGGGCCCUCAAGCAGCAGAAGAAGGCAUUGAUCCGUGCCAACGGCCUCAAGAUUGAAGCCAUGAGCCAGGUGAUGCAGGCCGUGCCCACCGACCUCACCAUCUCCUCGGCCAUCCAGAACAUCCACUCAGCCUCCUCCAAGGGUCUGCCCCUCAGUCACCAUGCCAGCCACCAUGCCGGCCACCACCACCACCACCACCACCAUCACCACCAUGCCACAGCCCUGCCCCCCACAGACUACGACCGCAGCCCCUUCGUCACCUCGCCCGUCAGCAUGGCCAUGCCUCCGCACGCCGGCAGCCUGCAGGGCUACCAGGCGGCCUACGGACAUUUCCAGUCUACGCGCACCAUCAAGUCCGAGUACCCAGAUCCGUACACCAGCUCGCCAGAGUCCAUCAUGGGCUACCCUUACGUCGACGCCUACCAGUCAGGCUCGCCGCCCAGCUUCCCCCACCUGAUCGUGGAGCUGCUGAAGUGUGAACCGGACGAGCCACAGGUGCAGGCCAAGAUCCUGGCCUACCUCCAGCAGGAGCAGGCCAGCCGGGGCAAGCAUGAGAAGCUCAACACCUUCGGCCUCAUGUGCAAGAUGGCUGACCAGACACUCUUCUCCAUCGUGGAGUGGGCACGCAGCAGCAUCUUCUUCCGUGAGCUCAAGGUGGAUGACCAGAUGAAGCUGCUGCAGAACUGCUGGAGCGAGCUCCUCAUCCUCGACCACAUCUUCAGACAAGUGGUGCACGCCAAGGAGGGCUCCAUCUUAUUGGUCACCGGCCAGCAGGUGGACUACGCGGUGAUCGCCUCGCAGGCAGGGGCCACCCUCAACAACCUGCUGAGCCACGCUCAGGAGCUGGUGGCCAAGCUCCGUUCGCUGCAGCUGGACCAGCGGGAGUUCGUCUGCCUCAAGUUCCUGGUGCUCUUCAGCCUCGAUGUGAAGAACCUGGAGAACUUCCACCUGGUGGAGAGUGUCCAGGAGCAGGUCAACGCAGCGCUACUCGACUACGUCAUGUGCAACUACCCGCAGCAGACGGACAAGUUCGGCCAGCUGCUCCUCCGGCUACCCGAGAUCCGAGCCAUUAGCCUGCAGGCCGAGGAGUACCUGUACUACAAACACCUGAACGGCGACGUGCCCUGCAACAACUUGCUGAUCGAGAUGCUGCACGCCAAGAGAGCGUAGAGAGGAUGCCAACCGAGCUAGCCACGACGCGAUGGCAUGGAGACGCUGAGAUUUUCAUCAGCAGCCCAGACUCUGCCCUUUCUAGCGCUAAUGCUAACUCAUGGCCCGACCUACACCAACCAACCCACCCCAGCACCACCAUCACCCACCCCACCCCACCUUUCAACCUCCCCUAGGACACUAUGUGGCGAUGACUUGGGGGGGGGGGGACUGAAGGAGUGUUAGCAUCUCACCUUCUCUUUUGACUCAUGAAUACUGACAAACACACAUCCAGGCUCACACACAACAGACACCUACGUACAAACACAGCAUAUAAAAUCCCUUUACUCUUGAGAAAAGACAAAAGUCUGAUGUCCGCCAACUGCGCUCGAGCUCGUUGACCGACCACCAGACACAAACAAGAUUAAAAAGGGAGAAAACCUAUUUGUACAAAAACUACAUUUGACUACGAGAUGGUAUCUAUUUGUCAGCAGACAAAUUAAACAGACUAUUAAGGUGAUGUAAUGACUUGGCAGGCUGUGACCAUAAGUUCAAACCACCCUUAUGUGACCGGGGGUGACGCUGUAAGAGGCUUUUCUUCUCUUUUUUUUUUGCGCUGGAAAAAAAAUCUGUCUUACGCCACCCACUGGCGAAGAGACAUAGGGACAUGACUAGUGGGUAAUUCUGGUAGACGAUCAUAUAUGAUGUACUCUGUCAUGGAAGUUGGCCCUCGCUUGUUGAUGUUGGUACUGUAAAGACAAAUGGACAGUCGGUCAGCUGAACUUUGGAGACUCUUAUCUACCUAAAUAUCUACCGUCAUGUCUGUGUUGGAGUCAACCAAGAUGGCCGCCGAGGCAGCAUGGUCUAAUCAAAGUGGAGUCCUGACGGUGAAAAUGUCUCUGUAUUGUGCAGAGCCUUUCACCUCCAAAAAAAAGAAACUUGGACUAAACAAAUAAAAUAUAGGACAAAAGGAGAAAAAUGAAGAAACUUAAAAAAAACAGCAGAUAUUUCCUCCCCAUGGUCACUGUGAUUCCUGUUUUUAAGCCCCUUUGUCCAUUCCCCUGACAUCAUCUUCAACUUGAACAUUUACCGUGUACCUCAGAAAGACCCGUUUCAAAAACACCUGAACAAGCUUAAAAGAACCUCGUGAGUUGAAUCAAAUGUAUGUAUAACCCCCACCCCAACCCCCCCAUACACACACAUACACGCACACCUUUCAUUAAAACUGGAACAACAAAAUAGUAAAUAACUGAGAUUCAGGAGACGGAGAGGAGACGCUGCCUUUGUCCGAACAGACCAAAGCCUGCUGCCGAACAGAAAAAAAAGGAAGUAACAAAACCUAAAACUAUCAGUAUUAUAAGAGAAAAAAAAAGAUUUGUAAUGUCACAGUUAUGUGAGUCUUGCCUUAUUUCAUUACCAUGCUAGCUAACCGUGCAGAUGUGAAUGAAAGUAUGUACAAAUAUAUAUAUAAAGUAUUCAUGUUGUAAAAAAUUUAAAAAAAAAGAAUAAUUCAAGAGGUGUUUACAUUCAUGUGGUCAUAUGGGAGAGAACUGUGAUGAAGCAUAAAUUGCAAAGCAAUGAUUUCUAGAAAACUGAAAUCAACGAAAUGGAAGAAAAAAAAAAAGAUCCCUCUAGUUUUGCUUUUUUUUUUUUUAGUGUGUGUACAGUGUUCCACCUUUAUUUUCUAUCUCUUCUCCGCAUUACUUAAAUUAUGUCGUGAGACACUAAAAUCAAAGGAAUCACGUCUGUUGGCGCCCAGCUUGUUUCUAAUCGCUGUUGAGGGGUUUCCAUUUCAGUUUCAAACCCUUUUUUAUUUUGUAGAUUCUUUUUUUUUUUUUUUUUAACAGUGCUCUACCUAUUUGAUGUACAGUAUGUCACUGGUUACACUUAAUAAUGAAGAUAAUUUAUUGCUUUUCUCUUUGGUUCCCAUCUAUGUGUUACACAAUGUGACGUGUCCACGCCAGAAUAAAUUUUGUUUACUGCAGCAUGUUGUUUUUUUUCCCCCCCCUAAACGGUUAUUAUACAGAUGCAAUUAGGAAGUAAAAUAAUAAUCCAAAAAUAUAUAUAUACAUAUAUAAUUAUAUCACCACAUUUUUCCCCCCUUCCUGUGUUAAAUGUCUAUGGGAG